UUUUUUUGUCUUGUAGGGAACGUUAAAUCCCUUGUUGAUGAAAUUGAGAUCAAAAAUGUUUGAUGCACAACAAGAAUUGUUAUUUGAUGUAUUUGUAGUUAAGAAGUGUAAUAUUAGUGCUUAGCUUGGUUGAGAUCAAGUUGUCUGACGUGUGAUGAAGAAUAUUAUUUGAUGUAUUUUUUCCUUUUAUCAUGUGUUGUUAAAGAAGAUGGGAAAAUAUAUGAAUUGAUGGAUAUUGUAUAUAUGGAUAAUAUAUACUUUGACGGAGGGACAGUGUGCGGCGAGGAUUAUUAUUUGAUGUAUUUGCCGUUAAAGGAGAUGGCGAAGGUAAGGUGUGUGAGUUGGUGGAUAGCGUAUAAUUGAGGUAUGUUAUAUAUGUAGUUUUUAUGUCUUAGCUUGGAAGGGAACGCUACUUUUUAUGAAGUCGAAAUCAAGUGUU